ACUUCCAUUUAACCCAUAUUGGCACCUUCCGGAAUACGCACGUGCGGAAUAUUCAUUCAAAAAACUCUAUAGUGUCAACGACAAAGAACCUUUUCAACUAUUCUUACAACAAUUGCCGCAAAACCUCGGAGCGAGAAUCGCUUUUGUGGGACUUAUUAUAACCCGUCUUCACAUACUCCGGGCUUCACGCGAGUGGGGUCCGAACGAAAACCGGGCGGCAGAAUUCUUAAAGAAUGUUUUAAAAAUCAAUGGUUUAUUAGAUGGUUAUAAACAAACGAUUAACAAAAUAUUUAUAAAUCGACAUUCGAACGAAAAGAAUGUUUUAAAAAUCAAUGAUUUAUCAGAUGUUUAUAAACAAACGAUCAGCAAAAUAUUGAUAAAUCGACAUCCCCUCCUUCAACUAAAUAGUAAAGUGGAUAAUAGUAGUUUAUUGAUGAAAUCGGUAAUAGCUCAUGUGAUAGCAUUACACGCUUCCAUGCCACCGGAGGCCUCACCUCUCGCUACACUUUUCCAUAAAUUGGAUGAAUGCCAAAGCAUAUUUAUACCAGCCUGUAUAUCAGAUAUUGAAGCUGUUUUAUUGAGUGCAGUUGUAGCGUCAGGAGGUCAAGUUACUCGAUAUUCUUGUGAAUGUGGUUAUAAAUAUUUAAUUGCUCAUUGCGGCCAAGCCAUAGAGGCGACGAGAUGUCCUGAUUGCAAAACAAGAACUAUCGGAGGUGGAAAUUUUAUAACAGCUGCUGGUAAUCGUCGACUGGAUGCUAAACCAAUUAGAGGACCCAUCGACAGUAACGAUCAAGCCGGAUAUAUUGGAGAGUUAACAAAUCAAACAAUGAUGCAUAGUGUUCGAUUCAUGGCACCUAUUUCAUAUAGGAUUCUACACCUAUUUGUCCACGUUCUCAUUAGUGGUUCAUCACCAGCGGUGACAAAUAACUUCCUUCAAAAGAAUAAUCAAGUCGCUGACAAUGCGGAACAAUAUUGCAUGGAUCAUAUACAAAAUGAUUGGAAUGUCUUAAAAGAAAUUCUAAACUGCAAUGAUGAAAAUUUGGCAUUAUUAUUACACUCAAUACUUUCACUGAUGACUCAAAAUCCACCACCAGCAUCUGCAUUAAAAACUCCCGCUGAACGUAAAGAGUGGGAAACUAAUUUCACCAGAAAUUACGUGUCGCCACAAACCAAGAACGUUACCGAAACAAUUGCUAAUUUCCGCACCAUACUUGACACCGCGUCAGCCGCACAAGGAUAUGGCAGCGGUAUUAUUGAAUCCUUG